AUGCCUUCAGCCAUCGUCAGCAAUGGCACUGGCCAUCAUGAUUCACUCUGUGAUAGGAGAGACGACAAAUAUGAGUCAACUUCCCAAAGUGACUCAAUUCCUCCUCAUCCACUAGGACUCAAGCCAUUAGGCAACCAGUAUUUCUUCACGGGUCGCAAUGCGAGGCGCUCAAUUGGGAGCUGGAGAAUUCUGCCAGACGAGGUUCUCUCCCUUGUACUAGAGCAGUUUGAUGCUGCAGCUCUCUUGAAGCUUGGCCACACCUGCAAAUUCUUAUACGCCUUUUGCCACUCUGAUGAAUUUUGGAAGCCUAUCUUUCUCCGGUCACCACCACCAGAUAACAAGGAUAUCCGAUGGCAAGGAUCAUGGAGAUCAACUGUUCUAGGUCUGCCCAGUGACCAAGGGACCAAAGUCGACUGUAGCAACGUCUUCUCAGAUGUCCUUCACCGGCCAUUUGCCUGCAGUCAUGUCAUCCUUACCCGGUUCACCUCACAUAUUCCCAAGGCAAACCAGAUCCGUCGCUUCGAGAACCUGACUUACGAUCAGUAUGCCGAGAAAUGGACUGAGCAGCCAUUCGUGCUUACCAAAUGCAUCCAGGAAUGGCCAGUAUAUGAGGGGUGGACUAUCGAUAGCAUGCUCCAGAUGUUUUCCAAGGUCGAGUUUCGUGCUGAGGCUGUUGACUGGCCAUUCGCAACCUAUUACACAUACAUGAAGAACAACAGCGACGAGAGCCCUCUGUAUCUCUUUGACCGGAGAUUUGCAGAAAAGAUGGGGAUCAGUGUCGGUAAGAAGCCAGGCACUGCAUACUGGAGACCAGACUGCUUUGGCCCUGAUCUGUUCGAGGUUCUUGGAGACGAACGCCCUGCCCAUCGAUGGCUGAUUGUCGGUCCUGAGCGAAGUGGCUCAACUUUCCACAAGGACCCCAACGCAACGAGUGCUUGGAACGCUGUAAUUCAAGGAUCUAAGUAUUGGAUAAUGUUCCCACCAGCUACACAGGUGCCCGGUGUUUAUGUUUCCGAUGACAGCAGCGAAGUCACCAGUCCCCUUAGCAUUGCGGAGUGGCUUCUUACUUUUCAUGAAGAAGCACGGCAACUUCCUGACUGCGUGGAGGGUAUUUGCGAAGCGGGAGAGAUACUUCAUGUUCCCAGCGGAUGGUGGCAUCUGGUGGUCAAUCUCGAGAGCGGCAUUGCACUUACGCAGAACUUCGUGCCCCAGAGCUUGAGUCUUGUAUCAGAAGUUGUUUCCUUCUUGCGGGACAAGGCUGACCAGGUCAGUGGAUUCGAUGAUCAAGUGGCGGACCCUUAUCAACUCUUCGUGGAGAGAAUGAAGAGCAGCUAUCCAGAAGUUCUACACAAAGCCCUGGACCUGGCCGACACGAAGAGCGGCAAAAAGCGUAAAUGGGAUGCUGCUGUUGGUGGAAUAGACCAUAACCAAGGGCAGGAAGGAGGUGACGGUUUCAGUUUUGGUUUCGGCGGCGAUGGCGAUGAUGUUGAAAUACCCUAG